UUCCAAGCAAAAAGAUGGAUUAUUUUGCACUACACAAGAAACAAACCAGGAUGAAAAGAAAGAGGUCCAAGUUCAUAGGUCAGAUCACGAAUUUUAUUAAGGAAAAGAAGGUGGUAGAGGAGAAAGGGAAAGAGGAUUUUGACCAAGAUGUGAUCCAGCUGUGGAACUGGAACAUUAAUGGCAUUAGAACGAGUAUUAAUAGAGAAUAUUUACUAAAGUUUCUUAAGUCGCAUAAACCACUGAUUUUAUGCCUGAAUGAGAUUAGAAUUGAUGAGAACGCUAUGAAGAAGAGUAAGAUAAAGUCAUUUAUCCCAGCGGAAUAUGCCCAGUAUUACAAUUAUGCCACAGCUAAAUAAGGGAUAUGCAGGUACUGGGAUCCUAACGAAAGUUAAACCUCUUAAUGUAAUUUAUGAUAUUGGUGUUGAAGAUCACUCCCUUGAAGGAAGAACACUAACCUUGGAGUUUAAAUAAGUUCUUCUUGGUAACCUCCUAUUUUCCAAAUUCUCAGCCAGGGCUUAAAAGACUAGACUAUAGAGUUACCCAAUGGGAUAAGGAUUUUUGGAAAUUUAUUCAAAAAUUAGAAGAAAAAGGCAAGCCUGUUAUCUUAUGCGGAGAUCUGAAUGUUAGCCAUACUGAAGAUGACAUUACAGACCCUCACAAAUGGUAUAAAAGUCCGUGAUUUACAAAACAAGAGCGGGACUCUUUCAGUUCAUUUUUAAGCCAAGGAUAUGUUGAUCUGUUUAGAUACUUUCAUCCUUAUAAUUACAAAUUUACAUCAGGAACCUGAUUCCGAACAGGAAAGCAGCCCAAGGCAGUUUUUGCUACACCUCAAGGACUUAGAAUAGACUAUUUUAUUGUGAAUAAACAGAUUAUAAAUGCAUGAUUAGAUUCAGAAAUCCAUGAUGAUGUACUUGGUAGUGAUCAUGUCCCGAUAAGCCUAGAAAUUAACCUCUCAAAGUUGAAAUUUAAAUCAAAGGGCGGGAAAACAUUAGAAGAUUGCUUAAAAGAGCAAGAAGAGAAAGAAAAGCAAAGUAAGGAAGAAACAAAAGAGAAUACAGAAACUACCAAAACCACAACCACUAAGGAAAAAGAGUCAUCACUCGAUAGCGAGCUUGAGUCUAUAAUUCUCUCAUCAUACGACUCUCAAAGCUCUCCUUCAAAGUCAACUCCAAAGGUCGAAUCUAUCCCUGAAUGUUCUCCCUCUCCUCUUCCUGGACCAGAAUCCGAUCUCAACACCGAAGACUUACUCGACAUCCUAAAUUCAGCCUCCGAAAACUCCAAAACAUAACACAUAAUUCCAUUAAAAACCCUC